UGUGACUGGCGGUAUAACACGAGAAUUAAAAUGGCGAAAGUACUGGACGUAGUGACGGGGCAGGUUACGCCGUACCUUGAUGUGGUGAAGGAUAAGAUCAACAGUCUGUGUGCCGGGCUAGAGCCAUGGCAGGUGGUGGUCUACACAUGUGGCGGCACACUGGUCUUUGUCACAGUCAAAAACAUCCUUUUUAACGAAGAGCAAACACUGAAGAACAGGACAAAGAGCAGCUUCUUCCGCUACCUGAAGAUGAUCCCUAUUGUUAAAAGGAAGAUUGCUGAGGAGAAGAACAAAAUGCUGUCUGAUAUGGAGGCCAGCUUCCAUAAGAGUGUGGAUGGGUACCAGAAAGCUCUACCAGCAACUGGUCUCAAAAUGGAGGAAGUUGAGAAGCAAUUGUUGCUGUAUAAAAAUUUAGCUUCUCCUAAGAAUCUUUCUAAGAACAUCUCCUCUGAUAGUUACUGUCAAACAGACCUCAAAUCUGUUCCAACAUAUGGGCUGUUUGCCUGGUCCAAUCCACUGCACCCAGAUGUGUUCCCUGAUGUGAGGAAGAUGGAAGCCGAGGUUGUUCGUAUGUGCUGUACUAUGUUCAACGGUGAUGAACAAACCUGUGGCACGAUGACUUCAGGAGGCACCGAGAGUAUUCUGCUAGCAUGUCUGACGUACAGAAAUAUAGCUCGGGAUAAUGGUGUAAAUUUUCCCGAAAUGAUUGUACCUGUCACUGUCCAUGCUUCAUUUGAUAAGGCAGCAUCUUAUUUCCGGAUGAAAAUCACACACAUUCCUCUUGACAAAGUGACAGGGAAGGUAGACAUAAAGGCUAUGAGAAGGGCUAUCAAUAAAAACACAUGUAUGCUUGUUGGUUCAGCACCCGGCUUUCCUCAUGGUAUCAUAGAUGACAUCGAAGAAAUUGCUGCACUUGGAAAGAAGUACAACAUUCCAGUCCAUGUGGACAGCUGUCUGGGUGGCUUCCUGGUCCCAUUCAUGGAGAAAGCAGGCUAUCCUAUUCCCACUGUCGACUUCCGACUCCCAGGAGUAACGAGUAUAUCGGCUGAUACACACAAGUAUGGUUUUGCACCCAAAGGGUCAUCUGUGAUCCUGUACAGGAACCCGGAUUUCAGACAGAAGCAGUUUUUUGUCCAGCCGGAAUGGCCAGGUGGUAUCUAUGCCACAUCCACCACAGGAGGCAGUAGAGCUGGUGCUAUUAUAGCAGCAUGCUGGGCAACCAUGAUGCACAUAGGGCUAGAUGGAUACGUGGAAUCUACUCGCAAAAUUAUCAAGACAGCAAGAUAUAUCGCAAAGGGCCUGAGAGAGAUUGAGGGAAUGGUUGUAUAUGGUGAGCCCCUCAUGUCUGUGGUAGGAAUGGGAUCCGACAGGUUCAACAUAUUCAGGCUAGCAGACAUUCUGACAAGUCGAGGGUACAACCUUAAUGCUCUUCAGUACCCAGACAGCUUGCAUCUGUGUUGUACGUUGGUACAUACUAAGGAGGGUGUGGCCGAUAAAUUCCUCAGUGACGUGCGUAACUCUGUUGAGGAGAUCCUACAGGAUCCACAGGACCACGCAAUAGGUGGCAUGGGCGCUAUAUAUGGUAUGGCACAGAGUAUUCCUGACAAGAAGAUGGUCGGAGAGCUGGCUGGUUGUUAUCUUGAGGCUAUGUAUAGCACCAACAAGGAAUGAGGGAAUGCUGUAAAGACAGACUUGGCACAGUUGGUGGAGAGAGCUUUGAUAUAGUAAAGUCCAUAGAGAGAUAAAGAAAAUUGUCAUGUCAAGUGAGGGCGAACUGUAACUUCCUACCUGGCACUCUGUUCAUGACGUGGGAUGUCCUGUGAAUAGACCUCGCUAUGUCGAGUGAGUGAGGCCAAACUUCCACUGGCUGUGGCAUGCUGUCAAGUCUAAUAUAGUAGUAGAAUGGUUUUACAGUUAAGGAGAGUGAUCAUAUGUAAAGCAUAUGUCCAGAACAACCAUAUACUUAUAUAGUUUUAUUGUAGUAUUCCCUCUAGGUGCUGUAAUGUGUGUACUCGUGUGAUAGUGAGGGUGGUAAAAAGGACCUUUUAACAUAUACAAAAUACUUGUGAUUAGUUGUAAAAUUUUAAUAUUUAUACAUGUGAAAUUUGAAAAGAGCUGUGGAAAAUAUGUGAUACUAUGAUUUUUUUAUAUAUAUAUAUUGUUACAAUCCAAAACACUCAAUUAAUGCAGAAAAUGAUUUCCGAGGUCCAAGACAUUUUUUUGUUAUUUUAUGAAUAUUUAUCUAAGGCUGUAAGGUAUCAGUGUAUUUGUUUGAUAUUGUGUUAAUACGAUAUAAUUUACAGUAGACCUGGAUACU